UAUCUUUUUGUCGUUAUGUUGUGGAUAUAAACGCGCUAUAGAUGAGCCUCGGAGGAAUUUCAAUUUUCAUCAUCUCUUAACUCUUUCUCUAUCUAAAAUGUUAGCUUUCCGUGUCCAUAUACCAUCUCUCAUUGUGGCAUGAGACAUCCACUUGCUGCCCCUAAUUUCCCUUUCUUCACUCCAAUAUUUUCUUUUCUUUUCCUUUCCUGGAAACCCACUUCUCCAUUUUUUCCCUAAAUAAAAACCCAAAUCCAAACGCAACCCUUUUCAGUGUUUUCAACUCACUCAAAAAUGGGAAAAACGCUUAGUGCACAUUCAAAAAAAGCAAACAAACAGCCCAAAAACACCAAGAAAAAACCAGUUAAAGUUGUUUACAUAGCAAAUCCAAUGAAGGUGAACACUAGUGCUGCAGAAUUCAGAGCUUUAGUCCAACAACUUACUGGACAAGAUGCUAAGUACCCGGUCAUGGCAACAACAACCACCGAAACUGUCGGUAGUAUGGGUGGCACAGUUCCCGAGACAAAUAAUGAAUGCGAACACAAAAACGGUUUUUAUUUUGUGGACAAGUCGAAACAAGAAGUUGUCCAUCCUCAAUUACCUAGUACUGAUAAUUAUCUUGUGUAUAAUACUGAAGCUGCAACAACUGAUAACUCGGAUCUUUCGUUUGAGGAUUAUGUCGGAGGAGAAGAUUAUGUUCCAGAGUUGUUGGACAAUUUGCCAUUGGCUGCUACAAACUUGUGGAGAACAAACGAAUGAUCUUUUUUGGGCUUAGCAUUAUAUUACAAGAGGCUUCUUAGUCUGCGACUAUCAGAAUUAAACUCUGAAGAUUAUUUGGGAAUUUUGCCCAAAAAUUGAAGGUGUUAAGCUAAGAAAAAAAAAAGAGUCGAAGACGGCUUAACACGCAGUAAGAGAGAGCCCCCUCAUCAGGUGGUUUCUGGGAAAGAAUAAAUAGGAAUUGCUUCUAACUUCCUAUAGUUCCUCUUCUAUGUUCUAGGUCCUUUCCUCUCCAUGAGUUUCAUAUAUAGUUGUAUUCUUAUAGCUUCCUUGUUUGUAGACAAAGCGGAUUAGGAAUUACAUUUCAUUCCAAAGCAUAACUUGUAUCCAUGUGCUUUAUAUUCUUUUGCUUCAUUGCUUCUUAGUAAUAGUUAUAGUGAAGAAAAAUGUGUCCAGGUCUUAAACUAGAGGGGAGCGAAAAAGGGGAUUCAUCCAAAACCUCUUCGCCCCAAAAAUCACAUUGUAUAUAACUAUAUAUAUAUAUAUAUAUAUAUAUAUAUAUAUUAGGUCAAGUUAUUUUCUCAA